AACCAGGAAGCAAACUUUCCAGAGACAGUCAUUUUUAUUCAGUAAAGCUUGUAAAUUAAAACUGCGAACGCGUGUUAAAACGCCUACAAGCUUUAUUCAAAAUGCCUUUAGUUUGUGGCGGAACUUCCGAAGCUAAAGAUGCAAAUGAAGAAGUGCAGAAAAUAUGCGACCAGAUGAAGGCUGAUGCUGAGGAAAAAGCGGGGCGCAAGUUUGACGUUUUUACUGCUAAAUCUUUUAAAACGCAGCUUGUCGCGGGGACAAAUUACUUCGUUAAGGUGCAUGUAGGUGAUGAAGACUAUGUUCAUCUGCGUGUCUACAAAACACUGCCUCAUGCUGGAGAAACACUGCAGCUGACAAGCAUACAGACAGCCAAGGCUCAUCAUGAUGCUAUUGAAUACUUCUGAAGCAGAACAACAGAAAACAUCGCCAGUACUGCCCCAAAUACACACAAAACCCAUUUGUAAACACUACCUGGGUAAACAUGUUUCCAUUUUGUGUUUGGCAGUGCUGUAAAUAAGCUAUCAACAGUAACCUUCACUCAUUCUGAACAAAUCACUUGACUGAAAUCUUAGUUUGGUCUACAACUUUUUUGUACUUAACUGCCUACAAUGUACAGUAUUUCCAUAAAAUACAUGAUUGGACAGUUGUGAUUGUGGUUUUGAAGAUUUAUUCAAUGUAACUGUCAUUAAAGUACUGGAUUACA